AUGGCAGAUUCUUCUUUCAGCCUGUUGUCAUUGUUAAAUGCUGAAUACCCAUCACUGCCUAUUACAAUUGUUCUCAAGGUCUUAAAAAAGUAUGAGAAUGAUGAACAAAAGUGUCGACAAGCUCUGGAUUCAGAAGUUGAAAAAAGACUGAACAGUCCAGAUGGUGAAUCAUCUCAAGCAAGCACAGCUCCAAAAAACACUAAUAGCAACAAUAAUUUAGAAAGCCCAAAUGACGGAAGACCUUUGACCCCCAGGAAUAAAGACACCCUUAAGACUCCGGAGAGUAGUCCUCUGCAGAGACCUGUCACGCCAGAACGGCAUGUUUCUACAAUAGAAGCAUCUAUUGGUAAUGCAAGCCGACCUCUGGAACAAACAAAAAGACCCUAUGGCCAGUCAGUGUCUUGGAAUGUGCAGCAGCCCCCUGAUAGACCUGCGUCUGCUCAGCCUGGCAGAUCUGCUAACAGCAGCAUGAACACUCCACAGUCGGCACCUCCAGACUUUACUCCGUUUUUCGUACAUACUGUGAAAGAUAUUCCAAAUGUAAAUUGCUCGGCCCCUGGAUUUGUGCCAGGACUGGGAGGAUCAGCACAUUUUGCAAACAGGCCUCAGCUCAUGCCCAGCCCACCAUCUUCCAGCGGUCCAGUGGGGGAGCCACGGCAUCCGGUAAAAGUGAUCAACAUUCCUCCAGGAUCUCUGUCUGGAGGUUCAGUAUAUCGUGCUCCCGCCCCGUCCAGUUCACGCCAUAUUCACAUGCAUUUUGGUGACACCGGAGGCAUUUGCACCAUUUCUUCUCCUCCUUCCACUCCACAGCACUAUGGAUCAACACCAAAUGUCAGCCAGCAGUAUCGCAGUGAACUCCGUACGGACCCCUCAGCGACCCAUCCUAUACACUCAUCCAGCAUAGUUGUGGACACAUCCAGCCAUAUAAAUAAUUUAAUUCCUGAACGAAAAAUCAGCGCCAGUAGCAGCGGUAGUGAUCUGACAAUCGGUGGGAGGCGAACACCAAAUCCCCCAACAUCUUUCAAAACUAGUGAAAUUUCGCCUGGUUCUGGACAAACUGGCAUAUUUCCUUUGGGCAGACUGUCAGCCCCUGUGCCAGCAUCUUCCCCAGGAAUUUCACAAUCUAGGCCUGUCUUUGUUGAAAUUAAGACGGAUCGGAUGCGAGGUGCUUAUAAUGACACAAAUUUCACACCUGGAUUCUACCAAGUGGGCAAUGUCAGACCUCCGCCCUCAAAUCUCGGAUACCUGCCCUAUCAAAGUGGGCAGUUUAAUGCUCAAAGCAACUUACCAAAUUACAACAUUCAGUAUGGCCAGGAUUUUCCAAACCAUGCAAAUACUUCUUUAGGCCACACCCAACAAGAACAGAUGUAUCCUCAAAAUGCACAUCAGUUGAAGCUUCCUGGUUUCAGCAGCCCUCCGGCAAACUGGAACCAGCCAGCAGCAAACACUAGCUACAGCCCUUCAUCCUAUUCUCAGUUCAACAACCCCACAAACGUUAUGGGAUAUCCAUUAAUGUAUAUGCCAGGCCAUAACUCGGGGAUCUCCACCAGCACCUUGCAGCACUUCACGCAGUACGGACAACAUCCUGGGCAUGCAGCAGCCAUUAGCAUGCCUCGGAGUCCCAGUAUAGGGAUAGGACAGUUGUCUCUAGGUAGCAGAUCUAGUAGUCAAGACAGUGAACCCAGUGGGCCUGCAGACUUUGACCCCCGCCAUUACAGUGCUAUGGGUUCCCGUGUUUCUAGUCAUGGCAGUUUGAAUUCAGACUCCUCUUCUGGUCGUAUGGACAGAGGGGAUACAUCUACGCGACCCCGCUCAGGGAGUAUACAAGAUGAUGCAGAAUAUAUUGGAGCUUUGGUGCAGCAUCAGAGAAGCCAAGUACAGAAACUUCUAGAAGAAAUGAACCAUUAUAAAGUUGUUCUAGACAAAUUACGUUCAGAAGUCAGCAUGAUGGAGAAGAACAAGAUAGAAGCAAGUAACGACAACAGGAGUUUUCCAUCGGCUGAGGACAUUUCCAAAAUGUGUCAGAACAACAGACGUCUUCAGACAGAUAUACAACUGUACAUGAAUGAGAUAGACAUGUAUCGGAGUGGCCAAACACCCUUUGACAAAAUAAACCCUCGUGAUCAGCAGAACUUCUUUGACAACAUGCCGACUGGACAGCAGGAUCCUAUAUAUUCUAGAACCCCAGAGGAUAGAUCACCUUCCCCAAGACCUAUCCCACCCCCAAGGCCCCCACCACCGCUCCCAGCAAGGCAACGUUCCACAGACCCAGUUCUUGCCAGCAGCGGGAUUUUAUCCUCUAGUGAUAUCUCUCGAGUGCCUCCAGUCCCUCCUGCUCAACCUGUGAUCAACUCUGGAGACUCAGAGGAAGGGGAGUCGUGGAAUUGCUCAGCCUGCACCUUCUCCAACCAUCCGGCAUUGAAGAAAUGCGAAAUGUGCGAAAUGCCUCGAGUGGUGCCCCAGCAGCCAGCCUCAGUCUUAAGCCCGUUCAACCCCUCGUCUCACCAGCCCCUGUCGUCAUUGCCCCCGCGGCUGGCGCCCGGUUUGGUUGGCAAUCUACAUCAUAGACCUGCAUCUCCUCAUCACCACCAUCAUACAGGUGA